AUGGAAGCGCCAAAGGCAGUUGGGUGGACAACUCCGACAGCAACACCAUCCCUGGGUACGGGUCGAAUUGUCUUCACCGCCGGAAGCACUAUCGUGAUUGAUGCACCUGCUAAAGAGGUGUUCAAUGCCAUGGUCGAUUUUAGAAGAUACAGCGAGUGGAACACUUGGACUCCCAGACUCACAUUCCUCGAUACUGAGGCUUCAGAAGCGGUAGAACCAGGAGCCAGCGGGAUUCUGGAGACUCUGGCCGAUAGCGGUGACGACAUCAUGAAAAUCCCAAUUGAGCGGGUACAAGUUGUCACUGCCAAGGGGCCAGAUGCGUGUGAAGUCAGGAACUGGGAGUCUUUGGGUGGCCUUGCAGCAUAUGCGAUGAAGCUCUCGUGGGUAUCAAAACAGCUUGAGGCAGCUAAUGUGCGGUACCUUGACGAGCUUGCGGCUUUUGUGAAAGGUGAUGUUGCCAAGAAGGCUGCGCCUGCGAAGGCUUGA